GAACGCCGUCGUUAAAGACCAAAGACACUCCUGUAUCUCUUGUUAUCUUUGGUGAAGCGCGCUGACUACUAUUCCUAUUUUUCUCAUGGGUGCUUACACUAUUUUCGUCACCUUCCUGGUCUUCCUGGUUAUAAUUCAAUAUAUCACCGCCCUACGAUGUUUAAGUUGUAAUGGUUUCAUACAACCACAUCAGUGUUCUAAUAUCGAACUCUGCCCUGAAGGAGACGUAUGCAUAACUGAGUCCUACCGAAGCGAGAAUGGUGAAACCAUGUUUUACGUUGGGUGUGCGUCUGCAAAGAGAUGUGCAUUGACCAGCGGUCAUAAACGCUUCGCUGACAUCCUUCGGACAGAUAACAUCGGAACUCCUCCGCAUCGUAUAUGUACUGAGUGCUGCCACAGUGACCUUUGUAAUUCUGCGGGUUGUCGAAUGGGCGGAUUUCCAACACAAAGAGGACCGGUAUGUUUAGAUUGUCCACAAUCACGUGACCUUGCUGAUUGUGAUGCCAUCUCCAUUUGUCAACAAAGCGAGGUAUGUUACGUUGAGGAAAUGUUUGAGUUCGGCGAACUAUUCUACAAAACAAGCUGCCUACCGAAUACAGAGAAGCGAUGUGUUUCUCCUACAUAUAACCCGGUGGAGGUUGGCAAGCGGUCACAUCAACUUGGAACCUGCUUCUCCUGCUGCCCAUAUGACCUCUGUAACAGCAAAUGUGAUCCUUUCUCAUCGUCCGUGCUAACAACGAUACCGGCAACAACUCCGACUCCGAUAACUCACAGUUUCAAUGGAAAAUCGUUUUUCUUGAUGUUUAUAAGAAAUCAUAACAAUGGCUUCAAUACACAACACCUUAGUGUUAACGUAACAUUUCUAGCCAAGUAUGCUAACAUAGAGGUGAUCACACGAUAUAACGCAACAUAACAACAUGUUUCUGGUCCAGCUAAA